AUGCUAAUUUCAAGCCUCAAACCCGGGGAAACUGUGGAGGACCAAGAAUACGAAUCGGUCGAAGAGUCAGAUUGCGAGAAGACCGGAGAUGAGAGCGAAGGCGUAGAUGAUGAGGAGGAUAUGGAAGUGGAAGACGAAUGCAAGUCCGAAAAAUUAAGAAGGUCUGCCGCCGCUCUAUGCAUCAACGUGGGUAGUUUUGCCGACCCGAGGGAGGCCCAGGGACUCGCUCACUUUUUGGAGCACAUGGUCUUCAUGGGCAGUGAGAAGUACCCACGCGAAAAUGACUUCGAUGAUUACGUCAGCCAGCGUGGGGGAUCGAGCAAUGCUUGCACUGACGGAGAAUACACGAUGUUCUACUUUGACAUCCAAUGGCAACACUUCAAAGCGAGCCUGGACAAGUUUGCCAACUUCUUCAUUGCGCCCCUGCUCAGUCAGAAUGGUGUAGACCGUGAACUCGAGGCUGUGCACAGCGAAUUUGAACUCGCCAAGGCAGAGGAUCAUUGUCGUAUAGAACAUCUUCUGGCCUCGAUUGCCAAGGAGAACUCACCCUAUAGGACAUUUGGUUGCGGUGAGUGA